AUGUACCUCAAUGCCAAAACAAAACAGUCAGCGAUGCUGCAGCCAUUGACCGACUUCCUCGAGCUUUUCCAACACAAAUACUUCGAGUCGAGACCCAACUUCCGGUACGACGACGCCUGCGUGGGGCAGUCGUUCAAGUGGGCGACUGUCCAGUUCCGAGCCAAGACCGGGGCCAAAUUCCCGCACGUGGCGGCUGCGACGCAGCUCACGAGCCACAACAAGUGGUGGAGCGUGCUCAAGCCGCUCGUCAUGCUGCAGCGAGCCUCUUCAGUAGAGCAGGAGGAGGGGGGAGAGGAAGAGGAGGGGGCAUUGGUAGUUUCUGGGCUGCAGUCAACAAUUGCAUCCAAGCGGACGAGAAGGGAAAAAGAAGAUGGUGGGGAUGACGAGAAGGACAGUCGACGUAUGAGACAGCGAGUGGAGCCCCGGGAAGUUGAGCUGCCAAUGUCUCCGUUCAGACCGCAGAGUCCCGGAAUCGUGUCGCCGCUGCCGUGGAAAGCGACCCACUCGAAUUUGGAUGAGGUGAAACUGCGGAAAGUGGUGGCGAUGGAGCGUCGCCUGGAUCUCGACACCAUGACGCAGGGAGAAGACGGACUUUCGCCUGAGGCGCAGGAGUAUCUGCGGUGGCAGCGUCAGCAGAUUUUAAGGAAGAUGCGAGAGGAAAUGAACGACGUCGCUACCACGUAA